AUGUUCGAAAAGCUAUUCGGUGUUACGAAGAAGACCUUCCUGGAGAAGAAUGUCGUUCGCGCUGGCGAGAACGACAAAUUCUACGAAGACAAGUGCACGUUCUGUUGGGGUCCAUACGACGAAGAUCAUCGCGCUGUGCGCGUGCAGCCUUGCGAUCACGUAUUCGGAGACGUCUGCCUCGAAGACAUGAUCGACGCCCCGAAUGGAGACAAAUGUCCCAUCUGCCGAGCAACUUCCGGCCUGGAUCAGGUUUCCAGUCAAGGCCGUCAACUCCUGGUACUACAUGUCGAACGUGUGCUACCAGAUUGA